AUGCAAGUACUGCGAGCUGCUGCUCUUGCGGCCCUUUUUGAAAGCACAUGGGCGGCCGUCACUUGUGAUGGGUCAUUCGAUGCUAUUUCAGCCAAAGACUACGUAGCCAAGCUUCACCCCGGAUGGAACUUGGGGAACACCCUUGAUGCUAUUCCGGACGAGGGAUCAUGGAAUAAUGCUCCUGUGAAAGAGUCGGUGUUUGACACUGUCAAGGCUGCUGGCUUCAAGAGUGUGCGACUUCCAGGUGAGAUCCACAUUCGUAUUAGUUGGUGGAGAGUUGCUGACACUAAACAGUAA